AUGGCCGAACUGAGUCCCGCCCGCAUCCUGGCGGAGUUGAAGAAGAAUGGCGCUACCCACGUGGUCUGGCUGCCUGACAGCGAGACCAACUUCCUCUAUGUAUUGAUGAGCGAGGAACCGAGCCUGGACCUGGUGCCCGUCAGUCGUGAGGGCCACGCUUUCUCCACCGCUGCCGGCCUCGCCGCCGGGGGCAAGAAGCCCGUUAUCCUGAUCCAGAAUACCGGCAUGAUGGAGUCCGGCGAUUCCCUGCGCGGUUGGGGUUUGGGCAUGAAUGUACCGGUCGUCAUGAUGGUCGGGUAUCGUGGCUGGACCCGCCACGGCGUUAUCACCGACACCGCCGCGUUCUACACCGAGCGCUUCCUCCACGCUUUCAACAUCAACUAUUAUCUGGUCGAAUCUGAUGAGGACGCCGACCGCAUAUCCAUCGCCUUUGCCGAGGCGCAGCGGGAGAAGCGUCCCGUCGCCGUCCUCGUUGGCGACGAGUACCACGGCUUCAACGUCAGCCGCUGA